AUGGUUGUAUCGGAGGACCAUUACAAGUACGAAUACUACAGAAAUGGAAACCGGAUAACCGUCGCCAUGAAACAUGAUUUCAUUGGACUAAUCACCGAAGUGAAGGACUGCACAAAAAGAGAUGGAGAGCCUUUUGUAUUGCGGGUCCUAGCUGAUCAAAAGUAUACAUGUCCAACAAGACCUAUAAGCGAACAUACAUGCAUACAAACAACAAUUGAUAACCUGACAAAGAAGACACGUUCUGAACUUUUGGACAAAUCAUUCAAUUUGAAAGCAUCAAUCCGACAUGUCUUCUUUAAAGAUUACUGGUGUCAAGUGACAUGUCCUGUCUGUAAAGAUUCUAUCUUUAAAAAAGACAAAACUGGUGUUCUAUCUGCAUCCAUCACUGAUUAUGUGGCACAAAAAAUAAUUGGUAAAGGCCCAGACAAACUCUUUGCAGAAAAUACACACCUAGGUAGACGAAACUUGCCUGCCCUUAUCAAGACACGUACAUCACUUGCAAAACAAAUGAUAAUUCGGUUACUAAGAACAUCAUUAGCUGCUACCAUCCGUUUUCUCAUUGUGGAUAUUGAGGAUCUCCAACCUAUCAUCCAGUUAACAGUCCCACACACCCUUACCCUAGCCAUUGAAAGUAGAUUACCUGUGCAAAACCGUAAAGAUUCAAAUCGAUCCACAACAUCAAAGCAUUAG